GUGGGGAAAAUUUCAAGGGAAAAAAAAAAAAAAUGGCUGGUAGAUUGAGCCUCGUCGCGUCUCGGAUUAUGGGCGGAAACGGUGUCGCUUCCCGAUCCGUCGCUUCCUCUCUUCGCCUCCGCUCCGGCAUGGGCCUCCCCGUCGGCAAACACAUCGUCCCAGACAAACCCCUUCCUGUAAAUGACGAGCUGGUUUGGGACAACGGGACUGCAUUUCCAGAACCUUGUAUAGAUCGUAUCGCCGAUACGGUUGGAAAGUAUGAAGCUUUGGCUUGGUUGUGUGGUGGUUUGAGUUUUUUCGCUGGUCUUGGACUACUGGCUGUUUGGAAUGACAAGGCCUCCAAGAAUCCAUUUGCCCCAAAGGUCUAUCCUUACGACAACCUACGAGUUGAGCUUGGUGGAGAACCAUAGGUUUUAUUAACACAAAUGAUUGGCACUGUAUACCCCAAGUCUCAUGAAAGAAGAAGACAGAAACUGUUGGAACAAAAAUGACACUAGAAGAUAUCAUAUGUCUAGUAAGCUUCUACUGAUACUGGACUCGGAAACAUUUUUUUUUAGUUGUAAGAAGGUCAAUAGAAAUUAUACCAUUAGAUAAAUAUGCACCGUGUAACAGAAAUGCCUGAAGGCUGAUGGAGCUAUCCUGACAGACCCCAAUCUGAUCUGGCCUUCGUAUAAUAAUCUUAAAUGCAUAAUAAUCACAUAAGAUUGAAAAUGUUAUUGUUAAUUUUGUCAGCAACGUAUAAAUGAACAUUGAAAAUGUUAUUGAUAGAGAUUUUUUCUUAA